AAAUCCGUAUUCUGGUUUGUUAACCGUUGACGAUUUUCUUGACUGUUCUGAUUCCUUAUUUCUUUUAUAACCUCAACGGUAAUAAUUAUUGUCAUCGGAGAUUUAUUUAUGAAUUACUAUGGCUCCGCGUUACAUCCAGCUGUGCUCUCCCAGCCUGCUCGGCCAGACACCCCUCACCCUGUUGGCAGGCGGUGCACAUUGCUACCAAGCCUGCCGUAACACGCUGCGUGCGCGGCUGCUUACGGAUGAUUUCCGUCUGGUCUUCCGCACGAUGAUCGGCCAGAAGGAGCACAGUAUCGAGUGCCAGUCGGAUACGGACCUGCAGAAUCUCCUGCACCACGGACACAGUGAUGAGGGCGGACGCGAUAUUCUGGAGCUGCAUGUUGUGCGCUUGCCUCGGCGUGCGCACGGCUCCGCUACUGGCAACAACGCGGAUGACGCAACAGCGUUGUCGGUGCAGAUCACCGUCGGCCAUAUGUGGAACGCCGUAAAGUUGAUGCUGCCCAAGGAGAACGAGGUUCCCGUGCUGCGCGGCAUGAUUGACCAGAUGACGAAUCGUAUCGCUAGCCGCACCGCGGAACGCUCACCUUCGCCACAUCCGGGAAUGCUGUGCCGCGGAGUCCGAUGGACUGCAACAUGUGCUGGACACGCCCGGAAGCAACGGCGGUAA